AUGACGACAUAUCACAUCAAGCCUGUCGAUAAUCGAGUUCAGGGUCGUCUGGCCCUCGUAACGGGCGCAAGGUAUUACCCUCCCUCUCGAAGCAGUAUCGGCUCCGCAUGUGCUAGGGCCCUGGCUGCCGAGGGCUGCGACGUAGCUUUGCACUAUUCUUCGAGUCAAGAGAAGGCCCAGACUCUGGCCUCUGAACUUCAGGCUUCGUUUCCAGAGCAGCGAUUCUUUUGUGUUGCUGCAGACCUCUCUAACCGUGAUGCCACGAGGGCACUUGUUUCCAAUGUGCUGAACCGUGGUGAAGUGGCUGGAAGGCACUCUGCAGUGUCCAUCCUUGUUGCUAACGCUGGCGUUGGAAAACGUAUCCGCGAUAUCCAGAAUAUCGAGGAGGACAACUGGGACGAGGUGAUGGAGGUGAACGCUCGGAGCCAGUUUGUGGUCACCAAGGCUUGUCUCCCAGGCAUGCGAUCCCAGGGUUGGGGCCGCGUCAUCCUCGUCGGAAGCAUUGCUAGUCGAGGAGGUGGUAUCAAUGGAUGCCACUAUGCAGCUACCAAGGGAGCUCUCAGCUCUAUGGGUCUGAACCUUGCUACGGUGCUUGCACCAGAGGGGGUGACCGUCAACAUCGUUCUUCCCGCCUUGAUUGGAUCCACGGGCAUGAUACCGACUCCAAAGUCACAGACAUGGGAAAAGAACACUGAUCUUGAGGCUCUAAGAGAAGAAGACCCAGGACUGGCCAUCGCAGCUAGCAUCCCCGUCCACCGUCUAGGAGUUCCAGAAGAGGUCGCAAACGUUGUGACAAUGUAA